AUGUACCGCUAUCUGCGCUGGGUGUUAGGGCGUGCGCCAUUGCGCGCCUGCGGCGCACCUGGCUUGCCACUGCUUCUGCUGCUGCUGCUCUGCGCCAUCCCUGGCGGCGGCGGCGGGGCACCGCUGAUCGUGACGCUGCUGGACGGUGUGGUGGUCGGGGUGGACCGCGACGCCGGCCGCGUCCUGUGGACCUUCGACUCUGGCGCGCCGCUGGUGUCGGCGAAGCAGUCGCCGCAGGGCAGCGGGUUCAACGUUUUUCCCGGGGUGGACGGCGGGCUGUACGCGUACCACGGCGUGUCGAAGCACCGCACGCCAGGGCUGGAGCGCCUACCUCUGUCGCUGCCAGAGCUGGUGCAGGCGGCACCGUCCCUGACGGCGGACGGCUCGCUCAUCGUGGGGCGGCGCGACUCGCGCGUUUUCGUUCUUGAUCGUCACACGGGGCAGCAGCUAGCAACGCUGACAGCGGACAGCACUGACCAGUCGGGGAGGCUCGCCUGGUCUGGCCUGGCCUCCAACGAGGGCCUGGAGAGCCUGCUGCUGGUAGGGCGCCAGGACUUCAUCGUCAAGUCGCUGCGGGUCGACUCGCAGGCGGAGAUGUGGAACGCCACGUUCGCGCGCAUGAGCCUGCUGCAGCCGGGCGGCAGCGCAGCGGGCGUGCGCAGUUUCCUAGAGGGCGCGGUCGGCGCUGGGGCCGAGGCAUCGCUGCCCGCUCGGCCGGGCGAGGGGCCAGACGCCGUGCGGCUGGUGGUUGGCGCAGACAACAGCCUGCAGGCCUUCGAUGGCUCAACGGGUUUCAGAAAGUGGGGCAUCGACUUCGCCUCCACCAACUUGUUGGUGCCCCAAGACUACGGCGCUCGCCCUUCGCUGCCCUACGGGCCCCAGCGCAAGCCGGCCGGUGUCAGCGCCAAGAUCAAGGGGAACCUGGCAGGUGGCACUUCGGUGCUGGUGGGCGCCCUGCGCGGCAGCCUGUACGCGCUGCCAGCAGACCACAUCAUGCUCGACGCCCUCGCACCCGCGCCCGCGGCACUGCCGCCACCCGAAGGCCGCAAGUGCACAGAGUGCGCCCCACGCCCCUGGCCGGGCGCGCUCGGGCCGCUCACGCCGCUUGGGCCCGGCGCGGGGGUCAGCAGCGGGGACGAGGAUACGGACAGCGGCGCCGGUGGCGACACACUGGAGGAUGGCGGCGGGGAGUGCCGCGCAGAGGACUAUGGGGCCCUGGUGGUCCAGGACGAGGACGCGUCGCGCGCGCGCAGCCUGGUGCCGCUGGAGCCCUCGGACGAGGGCGUGGCCGAGGGCCUAGGCGGCCUGGUGUGCCCACACCUGCCGCUGGGGCUGUACCAGCUGUCGGACUGGGGGGAGGGCGCGCCGGCGCUGCCGUGGCUGCCGGACGCUGGGCAGCCGGCCGGGAAGGCGCUGACCUGGGGAGCCUGGCUGGUGGGUAAUGCGGUUCAGCUUCUGCUGAUGGCCCUGGCCACCCUUGCAGCUGUCGUCGCUGUCCUGGGCUGGCUGCUGUAUGUGCGGCCGACUUCACGGCUGGCAACGCAGCAAGAGGCGGCCAGCGCUGACGCGGCAACGCCCGCUGCAGCCAAGCGCGCGCCUGGCAAGAACAAGCAGGGCAAGGCUGGCAAGUCCAAGCAGGCGGCCGUGCUUGUGCAGCACAACGGCUCGCACCAGCGGGAUCCCCUGCAAGUGGAAAGCGGGAAGCCGACGGCGCCCCGCACAGAAGAACAGCGGCCGCCGUCGCCGCGGCGGCAUCAGCAGCACCCCCUGCAGCCAGCCCGCGAGGAACAGACGGUGCCGUCGCCCAUGCAGGUCAAUGGCGCGCAGCAAUACAGCCAGGCUCCAGAGCAGCAGGCUUCCAUCCAACUUGUGCGGCAGCAGCAGCAGGAGCUGCAGCAGCAGCAGCAGCAGCAGCAGCAGCAGCAGCAGCGGCAGCAGCAGCAGCAGCAGCAGGUUGUAGCGCAGGGCCACGAAGACAGCCAGCAACAACCCCAGCAGCAACAGCUGAAUCAAACCGUGGUGCAGGGACAGCACCCGCAGGAGCAGCAGCAGUCAUCAUCAAAUCACAGCUCAGAUAGCGUCCGCCGCGGCAAUGCCAGCGAUGGCGCGGGCCUGUCCUCCGACACAUCCCGCAGCUAUGUCGACGAGUCUGGCGCCGUCAUCAUCGGGCGGCUGCGCUUUUAUGACCUGGCGCGCAAGGAGAUCCAGGUGCUUAUUGUGAGCGACGAGCACCCCAAUGUUGUGAGGUGCUUCGCGAUGGAGGAGGACCGCGAGUUCGUGUAUCUGGCGCUGGAGAAGUGCCGCUGCACGCUGAGCGACUGGGUGUCGAGCGCAGAGGGGCGGGCCGCGCUGGUGGGUGGUGGGGGCCCCGUAGGCUCCUCCCCCCAAGCAAUGGCGCUGCUCUCCGACGUGGGUGCUGGCCUGGCGGCGCUCCACGCGCGCGCCAUUGUGCACCGCGACCUGAAGCCCCACAACGUCCUCAUCACUGACAGCUGUCGUGCCAAGCUGUCAGACAUGGGCCUCAGCAAGCAGCUAGUCGCGGAGCAGAGCUCUUUCGAGAGCCACGGCGCAGGCGGCAGCUCCGGCUGGCAAGCUCCAGAGCAGCUCAUCGCCCGCAGCGGCGGCGCUGUCCGCCAGACGCGCUCGAUGGACAUCUUCUCCCUUGGCUGCGUCAUGCAUUACUGCCUCACCGGCGGCCUGCACCCCUUUGGCGGCAACUUUGAGCGCGACACCAACAUCAUGCGCGGCCAGCCCAACCUCUCUGCGCUGUCCUCAUCACCGGAGGCAUCCAACCUCGUGGGCGCGAUGCUGUCCAAGAACCCGGCAGCGCGGCCGGCGAUGUCCGGCGUGCUGGCGCACCCGUUCUGGUGGAGCGUGGAGCAGCGCCUGAACUUCCUUAUUGACGUCAGCGACAGGGUGGAGUUUGAGGAUCGUGAGCCCGAUCAGUCCCUUCUCAGCGCUCUCGAGUCCUUCCGCCCGGCAGCGCUCGGCCCCGCCCCCAACUGGGCCGCGUCUGUUGACGCCGAGCUCAUCGUCAACCUGGGGAAAUACCGCCGAUACGACUACACCAGCCUGCGCGACCUGCUGCGCGUUGUGCGCAACAAGAAGAACCAUUUCCGGGAGAUGCCGGAGGCCCUGCAGCGCACCAUGGGGCCCGUGCCAGACGGCUACUUCAGGUUUUUCAACAGCCGCUUUCCUGACCUUUUGAUGGGCGUGUUUGUGUUCGCCGCAACGCACCUUGCCGGCGACGCUCACUUGGGCAAGUACUGGCCAGAGGGCACCGUCUGCCUGCAGCCCUUCUGCAAGCGGUUUCAGCAGCUCGCCAGGGCCACGGCCGCCGCAGCAGCCAAUGGCGGCGUGCGUGGCGGCGGCUUGCAGCAGCGCGGAGCAGUUGCUGCCAAGCGGCAGCAGGGCGACUUGUCGCGGCUCUCAGUGGCAGGCAGCGUCAGCAAGCUGCCGCCGCUGCCACCGGUGGUUUCCAUCACAGCCGCGUCGCCGCUCACCCCAGGCGCGGGCGUGCCAAGCAGCUAUGCGGCCGCCCUCGCUGAGCGAGCAGGCCUGGCCGAGCCCCUGGCGCCGGCAGCUUCAUCGCCGCCACAAUCAGUAGCUUUGGCUGACAGGGGCGCGGGCAGCGCAGCGAGCAACGGCAGCCUGGAUAACGGCAGCAGCAGCAGCAGCAGCAUGGUGGCAGCGGGAGGCCCCUUGGUCGUUGUGGGCUAUGAGCCAGACGACGGCGAGACGCCUCUGCACUGGCCGCCAUUUCCGCGGCGUCCCGGCCAACAAUCGUGCGACUUUUAUGUCAAGACCGGCACCUGCAAGUACGCCCAGGAUUGCUGCUUCGACCACCCGGAGGAGUUUGCGGUGCCCCUGACCGACCUGCAGCUGCCCUUCCGCGCGAGCGAGCCCGUGUGCGCAUUUUACUUGAAGACGCACCAGUGCAAGUUUGGCGCGGCAUGCAAGUUCCACCACCCCCGGCUGCGGGCAAUUUACGCAGGUUCAGCAGCCAUGGCCGCUGUACCGGUGACCUGA